GAUGGCUUAUCUAUACUCCAAUGUGAUGGCGAUGCGACUCCGCAUUCAAUGUCACAUUCCUCUCUAGAUCAACGUUUUUCUUACUAUCAUUUCCAAUACAAUAAAAUUGCCAGGAAAUCAUGACUGUGAGCCUCUUUUUAAAUGUGCAUGUUCAAUUGGAAGUCAUAGGUUAGAUGGCUCGAAUUAUGUGGUUGAUUCGCCUGGCCUUGGUGUUGGUGUGGUGCGGCCUAUCUCAGGGCGUACUCGAAGUCUUUCAAGCCGCAACACCUCCUCGAUUGACCUAUGACAACCCGGCAUGUCGCCAAGUAUUAUUCGAACAUGAUUUUGGAAGUAGUUACGGCGCACCAUAUGUCGGGGCCUACUCACCACCCAAUGGCUGCAACUUCACGACUAUCAUCUUCAAUAUCAGUGUCGUCUCAAGUGGGCAACAAUACGAUAGAUUGGCGACACUAUGGCUCGGCGAUAUCGAAAUAUGGAGGACCUCGACUGCCAUGCCAAUUCAAUCGGGUAUCCAUUGGUCUUUUCAGAAGGAUAUGACUAUUUGGCACCCGUUAUCGACGCAGGCUCAGAAGAUCAUCUUCGAUCUCGGGAACACCAUCGAUGGGGACCGAUACACUGGGUUCUUUAAUGUCACCAUGGAGGCACUGUACUACGAUGAUGAGUACACGGCUGGAUUUCACCCCGCGGAACACAUAUAUCCCAUCUCCACGCAAUUGUCGUCGAACGAUACCACUUCCCUGUUCUCGCUGCCUGGCGAUAGCGGGUCGGUCAAUUUAACAUUACCAAGAAAUGUUAAGAAUGCGGUGGUAUCGGUCACAGCCUCUGGAAAUGGCGCAGAAGAGUUUUGGUUUACGAACGUGCCGACGGAAUACGUUAAUACGUUUCCUGGUAACGACGGCUGGCUGUACGGAUGUAGCCUGUUUCGAGAGGUACAAGUGAUUAUCGACGGUCAGCUUGCGGGUGUGUCAUGGCCAUUCCCGAUACUCUUCACGGGCGGAGUAGACCCCGGGGCUUGGAGGCCAAUCGUUGGUAUCGAUGCGUUCGAAUUAUCGGCGUUUGAGGUCGACAUCACCCCAUGGCUAGGUUUACUUACCGACGGGCAAGCACAUACUUUCCAAUUGCGCGUCGUAGGGUUCGAUACUUCAACAGAAGAUGGCUUGGGACCAAUCGGUGAAAAUUGGUGGGUGUCCGGGUCUGUUUUUGUGUGGCUUGAAAAUGGGGUGAACCAGACAGUGAGCCGAGAUUUCGAAAGCGAAGUGACGACACCAUCCUUCGAGUUCCGCCCAAUUGUUGGCACUGCGAUAUCUGAAAAUGGUACGGCGACUAACACUUCUUUUUACUUCGCUUUGACUGCAAGUCGAAACAUCACAAUAUCUUCAACAAUCGUAGUGGGGAAUAAUACCCGUGAAGCAACUUGGACGCAAAACCUCUCGUUCUCCAACAUACAAAACAUGACGGAUAUGGCAUUCAAUCAAUCGCUCGCAAUGGUCACGUCGGGCAAUUAUUCGGAUUCGAGCUCUGGUAUUGUUUCGCAAUAUACCUAUCCUCUGAAUCUUUUCAGCGCAUAUAAUGUUACCUCAUCCGAGGCGACGUCGAACCCCGGGUCUGUCUUCUGUAGGGCUGAUCGGAGUAAGCUGAGCGAUGGUAUCUCUGCGUUAUCUUUUCUAACCGGUACAUCCGUCGAGUCGGAGAGUCUGAAGACGAGGCAGAACGUCACCUCAAAUUACCACUGGAAUCGGACAAUCGUGGCAGGCACUGACGGUUUAGAUACAAUGGAUGGCGAAGUAUGGUUCUCAUACUCUAGCACUGCGACGAAAGAAAUUGGCGUCGAAGCGUAUCACCGAUAUGCCAGGGAAAAGAAUGACAGUAUUUUAAUUGAUGAGCAAGGUUGGGGAGAAAUGUCAGUUCCUAGUACAGUGCCACUUCCACACGUGGACGGCGAGCCGAUAGUUUAAAAUGACAUGUAGAUCGUCUUAUUAGCCAUGGAAAUUUCAGGGUUAUUUUUAAGUCUAUAUUUACGCUUUAGACCAAUGCAUAAGCUUAAGGUUAAAAUUGAAUGUAUUGUCGUGAGUAGAGAGAGA